UUAAUGAGUCAGCCGAUGAUGCAUACAUGCGUAGAGCCCGUCUCAGCCAACGUCCACCAACACAAGCAGAUGAGGAACCAGUGUCAGGACCGAGUGGACCUGGAUUGGGAUCUGGAGAGGAUAUGGCAAGGAAGAUGUUGGCCAAGUAUGGCUGGCAAGAGGGACAAGGUCUAGGAAGAAGUGAAGAUGGUAUUCGAGAGGCACUCCGAGUGCAAGCAACUGGUCGUGGAGGUGGCAUGAUCAUCAACUCCCAACCAGAACCAAAGACCCAGACACCUUUGCACAAGCGACAAUCUCAGGUUAUCCUGCUGACCAAUAUGGUCGGACCUGGCGAGGUUGACGAUAUGUUACAGGAAGAGACAGCCGAUGAGUGCGCAAAGUAUGGAAAGGUCGAGAGAUGCUUGAUUUUUGAAGUUCCAAAUGGUCAAAUUGCCGAUGACCAGGCAGUUCGAAUUUUUAUAAAGUUCGUCCAGGUUGAGGCAGCUCAGCGUGCAAUUAAUGACUUGGAUGGUCGAUACUUUGGUGGUCGUGUUGUCUCGGCCAGAUUCUAUGAAAAUGAUCGCUUUGAUAGAUUGGAUUUGGCACCCACAUCAGAAGAAUAUGCAAGAAAUCAAUAGUAAAAAAAACCAUGUGAUUUCCGUAAAAUAAUAAAAUAACCUCCUCUUCCUUUCAGCAACACAUUAAUUAAAUAAAAAAAUAUAUAUAUUAUGUGCAUUUGAAUGCCUAAACAAAGAAGGCUUUAUACAUAUAUAUUGUUAUUGUUAUUAUUGGUUAAGAAUCCUGCUCAGCCUUUUCUGCUUGUUCUUUUCUUAAUCUUUCCAGGCGAGUCUUGUUUCUCUUCAACAGAAUUCUAUUGACAUUUGCACGUUCAAUGUCGUUCAUCUCAUGCCAGUUGUUGAUGCGGCUAAUUGUUCCAUUUUCAUUUACAACGACAGGACCAAGUUCGCUGAGCUUGUAGGUGUCAUUAACACCUACCUGGACAGUCUCUUCGGCCGAUGCUGGUAAAGCAAGAAUAGGUUUGUCUUCUUUGGUAGUGGACAUUAGGGAUUUAUUGAUUUUAUUGAGUCCAAUAAAACGAGAUCUC